GCAUUCCUCCAGGGAGCUUGUCAGUUAUUCUUUGGGAAAAAUGGUGUAUUUUCACUGGUAAUGAGAUAAGUAUAUGUUAAGCUCAACUAAGAAACACGUUUUCAAGAAGCCCCUCCCCUAGAGUGGGUGGCACUUUUCAAUGGUAACCACCUACAUAAAAGGAAGUCUAGUUGGGAAACUGUUCUGUUCCUUGCCCAGAAGUCUUGCUGAAGGGAAACCUCCACUUCCUGCUUGUGAGAGUAUUAAUCCCUGCUGCAGCUGUCCAUCCCCACUGACAUCAGACUCCAGUUUCUCCAGGAUCCAGUGUGUUCUGAAGAUCAGCAGCUCUCCCGGAGUCUUCAAGGCGCCAGAUUUGGAAGUCUGAGGCAUCUGGCUUUGUAACCUGAGCAGCUGCCAGGUUCCAGCCAUUAUCUGACUGGGCUGUGCGGACCCACCCAGCACAUUCAGAGGAUAACAGGAGAUGGCGAAGUCAGAGGGAAGAAAGUCUGCUUCCCAGGACACAUCGGAGAAUGGCAUGGAGAACCCAGGCCUGGAGCUCAUGGAAGUCGGAAACCUUGAGCAAGGCAAAACACUGGAGGAAGUGACACAGGGACAUAGCCUGAAGGAUGGCUUGGGGCAUUCCUCUCUCUGGAGGAGGAUUCUUCAGCCCUUCACCAAGGCGAGAAGUUUCUAUCAAAGACAUGCUGGUUUAUUCAAAAAGAUCCUGCUUGGUCUCUUGUGUUUAGCGUAUGCUGCCUACCUCCUGGCAGCUUGCAUCCUGAACUUCCGGAGGGCACAGGCCUUGUUUGUCAUCACCUGCCUUGUCAUCUUCAUCCUGGCUUGCCACUUUCUGAAAAAAUUCUUUGCUAAAAAGUCAAUAAGAUGCUUGAAGCCCUUGAAAAACACCCGCCUGAGACUUUGGCUUAAGAGGGUGUUCAUGGGAGCCGCUGUUGUCGGCCUUAUUCUCUGGCUGGCUCUGGACACAGCUCAAAGGCCAGAGCAGCUGAUCUCCUUUGCGGGAAUCUGCAUGUUCCUCCUCAUUCUCUUUGCCUGCUCCAAACACCACAGUGCGGUGAGCUGGAGGACAGUGUUUUGGGGCCUGGGCCUUCAGUUCGUCUUUGGGAUUUUGGUCAUCAGAACUGAACCUGGAUUUAAUGCAUUUCAAUGGCUGGGAGAUCAGAUCCAGAUUUUCCUGGCAUAUACCCUAAAAGGAUCCAGUUUUGUUUUUGGUGACACACUGGUCCAAAGUGUUUUUGCUUUUCAGUCUCUCCCAAUCAUUAUUUUCUUCGGAUGUGUGAUGUCUAUUCUCUACUACCUGGGCCUUGUGCAGGGGGUGAUCCAGAAGAAUACCUGGCUCCUGCAAAUCACCAUGGGUACCACAGCUGCAGAGACCCUGGCUGUGGCAGGAAACAUCUUUGUGGGGAUGUACUUGGCUGAACGGCACCAACAUGGCUUCUUUCUCAGGCCCCGGGAAGACAAGGAGUCCAGCCUCAGGAAUCUUGCUAAAUGCUGUUACCUCUAUACCAGCACUGUGUGUGCCUGAGGCUGGUGGGGCCAUUCCAUGACAGUUCUUAUAGAACAGAUUUGUAUUACCAAAUACAUGUUCAUGUACUUAGGCUUCCCAUUCUCUGAGAACCGCACUAAACUCCACAAAAUGAAAGUCCUGAUCUCACUGUGGCUCUGUAUAAAAACCAGCACCCACCUUUCCACUGGCGUGCCGCAUAGCAGAUGUGAAAUUCAUUAUAGACCCUCCUGAGCCAAAGUAUGGUGGGAAUGUAGCUAAAGGGGAAAUAUGUUUGUGGUAAGUGCUAGGAUGGAGAUUCAACCCCUGGCCAGGGCCAGAGUGGGGAGAGUGGGGAAAUCCAAGUAGAUGCUUAGAUUUAACUUGGGGAUGGUGGCACACCCCUGUGGUCGCUUACCUGAAGCUCAGAGCUAAGGGGAUUGCCUCAGAUCGAAGGCAAGCCUGGCCUGAACCCUGAAGUCUUUCACAGAAGUGAUAGAGUAGAGGCCAUGUCCUCGGGCAGGGAUGGAGGUGAGGGAAUAUGGGAAACACUUGUGAAUACUUAAUGAUAACAUAUUUUUUAUUGCUAAAGAUUGUAUACUUAAAAACUCUUCGUUUUCAUACAGUAAUAAAAAGAUUUCUGUGAUA